AUGUCAAGACGAAGGGUCAAAGAUAUGGAUUUGAUCUAUCUAGAUCUCAAGAAGAUGAUCCAACCGCAUAUUCUGGCAUAUAUUAAUGAUCACUCACAAUUACUCACCCUACAUCUUCUUCGACCAUUUUCGUUUGGGUUGUUGGAAGCGCUUGGACCAUCAAGGGCUACAGCGCCACUUCCGCACUCUGUCGAAACACCAGUAGGAGUGGAUACUUCCAUCGGGUGCGGCAUCCCUCACGUCAUAUCCUACUCCGUACCCCCUCCUUCAGAGAACCGGUUCACCUUCCGCGCACCACCGCCCGAUCCAACAUUUCCCGACCGCACUCUCCUAGAUUGGGAUGCUGCUACAUGCACCCAGCCUUUGUCCCCCUCCAACCUGGAUGCCUUGCCUGAUAUCGGACCUGAUUUUUCUCCAGAAGAACUUAACUUUCGUCACCCCAUCUGGGUUAACCCCACGAGACAACCUGAAUGCCUCCGACUCAUCCACAGCGCCGCCUACUCCCUCACCCUCGGCCAGCUCAUCGCCGAGCGAAUCAUCGAAGGACUCAUCCGACCGAGCAUCUAG